UUGUUGGCUGCAAGAAACCUCUGUGUGGAUGGAUUAUUUCACAACAGAAGAAAGUAAUCUUCACUACAUCAACCAUUUGAGUAGAUAUGCAGAAACCAUCAGAGUCAAUGUUACGAUGUUGAAGACCAAUGGAGAAUUUCACAAAGGACAGGUUGUUUUUAAUAUCACCUAUGUUAAUGGACAGGUAUAUCUAAAUGAUUUUCCCAUGAAAAGCGGGGUUGCCCACAUAAGAUGUCAAACAGUAGUAUUGGAGGAAGGAAACUUGGAUAACUUGCCAGAUCAGCAGCGCCUGGGAACCGUCCGUGUUCGCAUCAUGGUUCACGAGUGGCCUUUGGCAUCCAGUUCCGAUUUGCAGCUGAUUGUCAUUCAGGAACAAGUGACAGAAAUUGAUGGAAAACAGGUUCAGCGGGAAGAAGUAACAGAAAUAGAUAUUUUAGUAAAGGACCUGAGUGUACUUAGACAUUCAAACUACACUGUCCCUUUGAAAGAGAGCAUGCUGUAUUCCAUCCCAAGGGACAAUGACGUGUUAUUUACACUUCCCAACCUCUCAGGAAAAGACAUUCAAGAUCCACUGCAAACUACCAGUCAGUACCUCAUCCGGCAAGUAGAAACUACAGUAGAUGAAGAGACAUUACCUGGCAAGUUACCAGAGACCCCUCUUAGGACAGAGCCUCCAUCUUCUUACAAGGUGAUGUGCCAGUGGGUGGAAGACUUGAGAAAAGGGUUGUGCAGAUUCUGGUUUCAAUCUUUACCCAUCUUCUUUAGUUUGAUGGAAGUCAUUGUAGUUGGAGUUGUUGGAGCAGCUCUUAUUCUCAAAGUCUUAAAGGUGAUUUUCCCUUCCUGUGAAAACAAAGGCAUCCUUCUUCUGGAUCAAGUCAGCUUUGUACCUGUGAUUACCAUCAGCUUGCCUUCAGAUCUUCCAGACAGGAAAAAUAAUUUAGAUGAGAAAGCAUGCACUUAAUGCUGUGUUUGCCUGGGAGUUACUGUUUUUUAAAAACCAAAUUUUUAGUUGAUCUGAAAUUUGGCACUUGAACUUAAUACUUUGUUUCCUACUAAGAAAACUAAAAGUCAGUUGAUUAAUUGGUAAAGGGACACUCCCGCUGAGGCCCAAAACUGACUUCCCUGUGCCUCUCUGUAAACACGCAGCCUUUUCAGGAGCUUCAAAAUAAAACAGCUUUCCACCCUGAGGGCUACCAUUGGUUUUAACUUCUGUGAAGUCACUUUUCCACACCUCAGACAGGAUGCUGUCUGCCUUCGCGCCCAUAGGUAAACCAGCCCAGCUAUCCUGAAUAGCAAGAUGAUGAAAUUCAGGGUGCCCCGAAGUCUCCAGAUAGCAUUCCUCAGCAAAGGACAAAGGAGUAUCACAAACAUUCUCCGUGCCUGCAAGCCUAAACAAAGCUGCCCAACCUGGUUUUGGGUCUGUUAGGGUUGAGCGUGCCUUGCAAGGAAAAUACCACUACCAAACAUUCAUGUUACUCAAGUAAUUUGACGUUUCAUAUAUGCAAAACAAAAACUUAAAAGGCAGAUUUGUAUUUCAAGGACUUUACACUUUUAUGGCCCCUUCCACUCAUAAAAAGCAUCAGCACUUGUAAGCGAUGUGCUUUUUGUAUCUGUGACAGCAGUGCUAUGUGAAGUCUCAAAGUUAAAAAGAAAAUUCAACAGAAGUACUGGCUUACUACUGCUAAGUAGGCCUGGUCUGCCCAUGCUGAUUUGUACUGCUCACAUUUUUCAAAUAAACAUU